UCGCGAAUACCCAGCCCCGCCUCGAAAUAUGACGUGCGACCCCGAACAAGUUUCGGCAAGACAAGAACAUUAAAAGACGCGUUUGAAGCAACCUCGCCAGCACUCACCAUGGAGAGCAACGAAGGUGGGACGAUUGAGCCCAUUGCUGUUGGUGGUCGAACGCCAAGUCCAAAUGGCAGGCACCAACGGAAUCUCUCGCUACCUUCUCCGCUGGCAGAAGUUCAUAGCCCUCCUCCCGGCGAGCUAUUAGAAACAUAUCGCAGAAUUAAUGACGCGGACUAUUUAGCGGAUUUGGUCUCAGAGGACGAUUUGGAUAAUGGUGUAGAUUCUUGGUCGCGACGAAGCUCCCGCGAGCGCCGAAAACGAGAGUCUUCCGGUUCUUCAGAUCGCCAGCAAUUACAAUAUGAAAGAAGGGAUAACGAUGUGGGAUACAAACUCGGUUAUUUGGAGGAUAAUACAGACGACCCUUUGCGCGGGACUUUGUCGACUUAUAAACGUGAUGAGGAGCGCUUAAAACACGCAACAACAAGCCAGUCGCCAAUUUUCAGCCGGGCCAAAGGCGGAACCAGGGCAGAAAAUUUGCAAAGGCGCGAGCUGGAAGUAACAGAAAUGCACGUACAAGAGCAAGAGCAUGAUGAUGGACCGCAGCCUGGACUGAACGUACCUAGAAAUUGGGGGAAUAAGUCAAAGAGCCACCGACAGUGGUUGAGCUCGGUCACUAAGCAGAAUGGCGACUUGUCUCGCGAUAAGCCACCUAGACGCGUCAUUGAACGAGAGAUCACCAGAGAUAAUUCCAGGUCACGCAGCCCUCAGAAGAGACUGUGGCCUAAAGGAUCUUCAGAGAGAGAUAUCUCUACCGGCGAUGCGAUCCCAAACACUCCAAUUGUCGUGUACAGGGGUGGAGGCUCUACAGAUCGAACCCAGUUACCACGCAGUGACUCUCGUGACCUUCUUCGCAAGUUGGCUCGUACGGAAAGCCCUAACCAGAGUAACACACCAGAGCCACAAAAGCCAGCAAACAAACCUUUACCGGACAAAACCCCAGUGGUGAUAGGAGCUUGGGUAGACACACCAAUGACGGUACGACCUACAGCGGGGGCAAUUGAAGAGAAUAUCACGAAAGAGCUUGAUUCUCCAAGCAAACUAGGUCCCAAUUCUACGUCAACGACUGUUUCGACUCAACAUUCAUCUUCCGAAGACCAUGGUAAAAAUGUCCAUAUAGAUUCAAGAAACACAGCGGCAGGAAAGGGUGGCAGCUCGACAGAACCCUUUAAAUCAAACCUCAAACAAGAGAACAAGCUAGACUCGGAUAGUGAGAGACAAGCGAACCCAGAACGCAUAAAACCAAAGCUGCCUAAAAGUGCCCUAGAUACUGUUUUAGAGGAUGCAAAAUCGAACGGGAAUCCAUUGCUUUUGAGCGACGACACCAUAAAUUCCCUUCAAGGUCUUAUGGACGGUGCCGAUGCUAAGCUUUCAAGAUUUGCGGAAUUGAAAGACGAGGAUAUAAAAGUAGACCUCACUGCACUGGAGUCAGAUAUUAACGAUCUUCAGACGCAAAAUGAUGCGCAGGCGCUUGACAAGCUGAAUUUCAAGAUACAAUCAAUCAUCCAUGGUAUUCAAGAUGCUCGAACCGGUCUUGAUGGAUUGGAAGACGUGAUUGUAUCUGACGGCGUCGUUCUACCACACAAAGAUAGCAAAGCGUGUAAAGCAUGCGGAAGCACCCAGAACCAACAUGCGGAUGGGCGUAUAUAUCUCGCUAUCCCUAUCCCCCGCCUAUGGUAUCGACAUCCUGUAUCGAAACGCUUACGUUUAACUAUUGUCAGCUGGGCCUUGGUCAUCUUUGGCUGCUGGUAUAUGACCGAGUGUAUUAUGUGCGAUAAUUUCUGCCAUCCGGCCGUCGCCGAGGUUUGUGAUGGUUAUUGUUUACAGCCUGACGCACCACAAUUCCCUUUUACUCUUCCGACUAUGGUGUGGCGAUGGUCACACCUUUCGGUUAUUCUGUCACCAAUAAUCACAAUUUCAAUCGCAUUUUUUCGCCUCGUUGCGCAACUGCUAGGUUUCUGGGAUGGGUACAUUGAUGAU